AUGAGCAACAUUAUUCUUCCGUAUAUUAAAGAUGAAGAAGAAAAAGGAGAUAAUUUUUUUGUCAAACAAGAAUUAAAUGUGCCGAUCCUAGUAUGGUGGACACCUUUCACAUUAGAUGUGGGAACGUAUACAAGCUGCGGUGGGAAAUCGGAGCAAUGUUUUCUAUCCAAUGUUAGAAAAUAUCGAGCAAACAAAGAUUUUGAGGCAUUUUUAUUUUAUGGUACAGAUUUUCGACUUCAUGAUUUACCCCUACCACGUCUGCCACAUGAACACUGGGGAUUGCUGCACGAAGAAUCACCAAAAAAUAGUUAUCUGUUUUCAUAUGAAGACAUCAUGAAUUUAUUUAAUCAUUCGGCCACAUUUAAGAGAAACUCAGAUCUACCAUUAACUACUCAAUGGUUAUCGUCACUAGAGGACUUGACAGAUAUGAAAUAUUUUAUGAGUGUCAAAGAUAAAAAUCGAUUACAAGAAGAAGAAAAUUUAUCACCGGUUAUUUAUUUACAAUCCGAUUGUAAUACACCAUCUGAUAGAGAUAUUUACAUCGAACAAUUGAUGAAAUAUAUCAAAAUCGAUUCUUACGGAUCAUGUUUGCAUAAUAGAGAUUUACCAGAUCAUUUAAGAGAUCCUAUUCAGGCAAUGGAAGCUACAGAGAUAUUGAAAUUGGUUGGUAAAUACAAAUUUGCUCUUGCUUUUGAAAAUGCCAUUUGUACGGAUUAUAUAACAGAAAAAUUUUGGCGACCACUUAAGACGGGAACAAUUCCAGUCGUUUUUGGUUCGGAUAAAUUUAAUGAUUUCUUACCAGAUAAUCAUUCAGCUAUAUCCCUACUCGAUUAUGAAACGCCAGCUGAUUUGGCUCACAUUCUUCAUCAAUUAAAUAAAAACGAUACACUUUACGAUAGUUAUCGAGAAUAUAAAUUUAAGAACAUUCAAAAUUCAACAUUAGUGUAUCAGACAAUGAUCAAUCGUACAUGGGGAAUUCACAAUGAUCGAAUCAAAGGUAAUUUUAUAAAUAAAUUUGAAUGUUUGGUAUGUGAACGCUUAUAUGAGAAUAGAAGAAGGAAACAGCACGCUUUAACUGAAUAUGAAUAUCGGUCAACACUAGAUCAUUAUGGUUGUCCACCGCCAACUACAUUUGAUGAAAAUGGAAGUUUACUGCAAAAUGCUGGCACUUGGUAUCAAACUUAUCAAUUUACAAAAUGUCAGAUUGAUGUAUUUAAUAUGUUUAUUCAAAACAAAUAUUACAAUUUUAGUGAAAAAGAGCUCUUUCGAGAGUCAUCAAAAUUAUUUCAUCCGAACUUUAGAAGGGACGAUUUAUUUUGA